CGCCAUCGUUGCGUCGCGGCUUUCUUCGGCAAGACGAUGUCAUCCAGUGCUCAGAAGAGUAAAGAUACUUGCUCAAGGUCACCUAGCAAGAUAUUCCACCUUGAAAGACCAAAAUGCAUUCCCAGAUGAAUUUGGAAAGAGCUAAGGACAAAGGGAUCCAGGAAGAAAUUCUCUUAGGUGAGCGAAGACAGGAGAAUGAGACAGGCUCUGCUCUUGCCAGAGGGACAGGAGCCAUGGCUCAGAAAAUGGACUGUGGUGCGGGCCUCCUCGGCUUCCAGGCUGAGGCCUCCGUAGAAGACAGCACCUUGCUUAUGCAGACCCUGAUGGAGGCCAUCCAGAUCUCGGAGGCUCCACCUACCAACCAGGCCACAGCAGCUGGGCCGAAUGCUAGUCCCCAGAGUUCACAGCCCCCAACAGCCAGUGAGAUGGGUGAUAUUCAGGUUUUAGCAGCUGCCGCUAGGCCCAAAACAGCCUUUAAGGCUCAGAAUGCCACCACAAAAGGCCCAAAUGGUGCCUAUGAUUUCUCUCAGGCUCUUAAUGCCAAGGAGAUGCCCAGUGUGCCACCUAAGGCAGCCUUUAAGUCCCAGAAUGCUACCCCAAAGGGCCCAAAUGCUGCCUAUGAUUUUUCCCAGGCAGCAACCACCAGUGAGUUAACUGCUAACAAGUCUGAGAUGGCCUUUAAGGCCCAGAAUGCCACUACUAAGGUGGGCCCAAAUGCCACCUACAAUUUCUCUCAGUCUCUCAGUGCCACUGAGAUGGCCAACACUCAGCCUAAAACAGCCUUUAAGGCUUGGAAUGACACCACUAAGGCCCCAACAGUUGAUACCCAGACCCAGAAUAUUAACCAAGCCAAGAUGGCCACUUCUCAGCCUGAGGUAGAGACCAACCCAGGUAUCCCUGAAUCUGAUGGUGCAGCUGCACAGACAUCAGCAGAUGGUUCCCAGGCUCAGAAUCUGGAGUCCAGGACUAUAAUUCGGGGCAAGAGGACCCGCAAGAUUAAUAACUUGAAUGUGGACGAGAACAGCAGUGGGGAUCAGAGGCGGGCCCCACUGGCUACAGGGACGUGGAGGUCUGCACCGGUUCCAGUUACCACUCAGAGCCCACCUGGCGCACCCCCUAAUGUGCUCUGGCAGACCCCGUUGGCCUGGCAGAACCCAUCAGGCUGGCAAAACCAGCCAGCCAGGCAGACCCCACCAGCACGUCAGAGCCCCCCAGCUAGGCAGACCCCACCAGCCUGGCAAAACCCAGUUGCUUGGCAGAACCCAGUGAUCUGGCCGAACCCAGUGAUCUGGCAGAAUCCAGUUAUCUGGCCGAACCCCAUUGUCUGGCCUGGUCCGGUUGUCUGGCCGAACCCACUGGCCUGGCAGAAUCCACCUGGAUGGCAGACCCCACCUGGAUGGCAGAACCCACCAGGCUGGCAGGGUCCUCCAGAUUGGCAAGGCCCUCCUGACUGGCCUCUACCACCUGACUGGCCUCUACCACCUGAUUGGCCACUCCCCACUGACUGGCCACUCCCACCUGACUGGAUCCCCACUGAUUGGCCAGUUCCACCUGACUGGCAGAACCUGCGACCCUCACCAAACCUGCGCCCCUCUCCCAAUUCGCGUGCCUCACAGAACCUGGGUGCCUCACAGCCCAGAGAUGUGGCCCUUCUUCAGGAAAGAGCAAAUAAGUUGGUCAAGUACCUGAUGCUUAAAGAUUAUACCAAGGUGCCCAUCAAGCGCUCAGAAAUGCUGAGGGAUAUCAUCCGUGAAUACACUGAUGUUUAUCCAGAAAUCAUUGAACGUGCAUGCUUUGUCCUGGAGAAGAAAUUUGGGAUUCAACUGAAGGAGAUUGACAAAGAAGAACACCUGUAUAUUCUCAUCAGUACCCCCGAGUCCCUGGCUGGCAUACUGGGAACGACCAAAGACACACCCAAGCUGGGUCUCCUCUUAGUGAUCUUGGGCGUCAUCUUCAUGAAUGGCAACCGUGCCAGUGAAGCUGUCCUCUGGGAGGCACUACGCAAGAUGGGACUGCGUCCUGGGUAUGAUUGGGCUCUCUCAUCUCUUGCCUGUUUAUAUCAUCCUUUGGCAACAGAGGAUGGUCCCAGGACUGCAUCAGCCUGGUGGUCUAGGGGAAUUGGUUUGGGGAGGUACAGAGCCCAAGGAUGUGACCUGGGUGGAUGGGCAAAUAGUUCUAAACUCUAUGCCUCUUCUCUCAUCUCUGACCUCUGUGCUAGAAAGCUCUUUUCUUUGGGCAGUGUCAUGGUCUCUGAUUAUGGGUUUCUUUUUUAUUCUAUCAGGGUGAGACAUCCUCUUCUUGGAGAUCUGAGGAAACUUCUCACUUAUGAGUUUGUAAAGCAAAAGUACCUGGAUUACAGACGAGUGCCCAACAGCAACCCUCCUGAGUAUGAGUUCCUCUGGGGCCUCCGUUCCUACCAUGAAACUAGCAAGAUGAAAGUGCUGAGAUUCAUUGCAGAGGUUCAGAAAAGAGAUCCUCGUGACUGGACUGCGCAGUUCAUGGAGGCUGCAGAUGAGGCCUUGGAUGCUCUGGACGCUGCUGCAGCUGAGGCUGAGGCCCGGGCUGAGGCGAGAACCCGCAUGGGGAUUGGAGAUGAAGCCGUAUCUGGGCCCUGGAGCUGGGAUGACAUUGAAUUUGAGCUGCUGACCUGGGAUGAGGAAGGAGAUUUUGGCGAUCCCUGGUCUAGAAUCCCCUUUACCUUCUGGGCCAGAUACCACCAGAAUGCCCGCUCCAGAUUUCCUCAGACCUUCGCUGGCCCCAUUAUUGGUCCUGGUGGUACAGCCAGUGCCAACUUCGCUGCCAACUUUGGUGCCAUUGGUUUCUUCUGGGUUGAGUGAGAUGUUGGAUAUUGCUAAUCAGUUGCAAUAGUCUUUCCCCUGAGUGAGGCUGAAGCCUCAGAUUCCUUCUAAACACAGCUAUCUAGAGAGCCACAUCCUGUUGAUUGAAAGUGGCAUGCAAGAUAAAUUUAUUUGCUGUUCCUUGUCUGUUGCUUUUUUUCCCCUUGUGUGCUGUCAAGUUUUGGUAUCAGAAAUAAACAUUGAAACUGCAAAGUGAA